GCGUGCGGUGCUUGGCUUGUUCGCGCGCGCGUUCAGUGAUUCAUGGAGUCGGAGCGAGGAGUCGUUGUUCCGACGGCCGUCCCGUAAUAAGCGUUAAAUACAAAACAGAGCUCGCGAGUUUCGUUAGAGUCGUGAUACACAGAGCACCCAAUUGAUCAACGACGGCAACUAUGCUAUAAAAUAAGCGAAGAACAAUAAACGCAAGCGACGAGAAUAAAGAAGAAGUCAGCGAAUAAAAAGCACAUAGCGAGCGUAUACACGUACAUAUAGAUCCGUUCGCGUGUGUGCGUGUGCGAAAGAGAGAAGAGACGACUCCUCGCGCGAGAGAGAACAGGCACGUACAGCUACACAGCAGCGAGAGAGAGAGAGAGAGAGAGCCAGUGCAGAGCGAGUACAGUAGCAGAGCAGCAGCAAAAUGGCAGCGAGCGACUCGACGGCCGACGACAGCCUCUACCCUAUCGCGGUGUUAAUCGACGAACUCAAGAACGAGGAUGUCCAGCUACGAUUAAACUCCAUUAAGAAGCUAUCCACGAUUGCUCUUGCUCUUGGUGUAGAGCGAACUCGCACAGAACUUAUACCAUUUCUGACAGAGACAAUAUACGAUGAGGAUGAGGUUCUCUUGGCUCUUGCUGAACAACUGGGAACAUUCACACCACUUGUUGGUGGACCAGAUUAUGUGCAUUGUUUAUUACCCCCCUUAGAAUCUCUGGCAACUGUGGAAGAAACUGUUGUGAGAGACAAAGCCGUAGAGUCCCUGCGAAACAUUGCCAGCCAACACAGUCCAAGUGAUCUAGAAGAACAUUUUGUACCAUUAGUGCAGCGUCUGGCUUCUGGCGACUGGUUCACGUCAAGGACGUCGGCCUGCGGAUUAUUUAGCGUCUGUUAUUACCGCGUUAGUCAACCUAUCAAAGCUGAAUUGAGGAAUCAUUUCCGCAAUUUGUGCCAAGAUGAUACUCCUAUGGUUCGACGUUCGGCUGCAGCAAAAUUAGGAGAAUUCGCUAAAGUCGUGGAGAAUGAAUACCUAAAGUCCGAUUUAAUAGCUAUGUUUGUCAUUCUGGCCCAGGAUGAACAGGAUUCAGUGCGUCUGUUAGCAGUAGAGGCCUGUGUGAGCAUCGCGACACUUCUCCAACAGGAAGACGUCGAGCAGCUAGUGAUGCCGACACUGCGCCAAUGCGCGACCGACCAGUCGUGGCGCGUGCGCUAUAUGGUCGCCGAUAAGUUCACCGACCUGCAAAAGGCCGUCGGCCAGGAGAUCACUCGUACGGAUCUCGUGCCCGCGUUCCAAGUUCUCCUUAAGGACACCGAGGCCGAGGUCAGGGCAGCGGCCGCUGACAAGGUUCGCGACUUCUGCCAGAAUUUGGAUCCCUUCUAUCAGGAAUCAAUUAUUAUGAAUAACAUCCUGCCUUUCGUCAAAGAGCUUGUGGCUGACCCCAAUCAGCAUGUCAAAUCGGCGCUCGCAAGCGUUAUCAUGGGCCUCAGUCCCAUACUCGGCAAAAUCAACACAAUUGAACAUUUGUUACCCCUGUUUUUAUCACAACUCAAAGACGAAUGUCCUGAAGUCCGUCUAAAUAUAAUUAGCAACUUAGAUUGUGUAAAUGAAGUUAUCGGAAUCCAGCAACUCUCGCAAUCGCUACUACCGGCGAUUGUCGAGUUGGCGGAGGACUCGAAAUGGAGAGUACGACUAGCCAUUAUUGAGUACAUGCCAUUAUUAGCAGGCCAACUGGGCGUCGAAUUUUUCGACGAGAAAUUAAACUCCCUGUGCAUGACUUGGUUAGUAGACCAUGUUUAUGCUAUCAGAGAGGCAGCGACGUUAAAUCUUAAAAAGUUGGUCGAGAAAUUCGGUCCAGAAUGGGCGCAGAACACAGUAAUUCCAAAAGUGCUGGCAAUGUCCAGGGAUCAAAAUUACCUUCAUAGAAUGACUUGCCUAUUUUGCAUCAAUGUGUUAGCCGAAGUUUGUGGCCCAGAAAUCACGACAGAAGUUAUGCUCCCUACUGUUUUGGCCAUGGCUAAUGAUAAUGUAGCAAAUGUAAGAUUUAACGUUGCCAAGACACUUCAGCGGAUCGGACCGCAUCUAAAACCUAAUGCAGUACAGACACAAGUCAAACCAGUACUCGAUAAAUUGAACACAGAUACUGACGUUGACGUGAAAUACUUUGCAUCGGAAGCAAUUGCCGGCAUUGCAGCAUAGGUUGAAACAUCAAAUCACUGAGUGCAUUUACCACGUAUCCCAAUGUGAGCAAUGACAGUUUACAAGAAAUGUACCACCACAUUGUUUCCACAGAAUGUACACUUGGAAAACUCGUCGGAGAGAACGUGUGUUGCGUAUGAGAGAGCGAGAGACGAGUACCAAUGACCGAAAUAAAACAAAACAAACAAAAAAAAUUAAAAUUUUAGAAAAUAAACGUUACACGACAUUUUUAGUUCUGUUGUAUUUGUAUAUCUAUAAUAUUACACUAAGUAUUGAAUAUUCGAUUUAAUUGGUAACAUGUAUCUCUCGUAAAUACUUAAGUAAUUGUCUUAAUGAAUAAUUAAUAAACAAAAUCACUCCAAA